AUGCGGAGCUGUGAAAUGAAUGUGGAGCAGCUCAUGUUGAGUGUAAAUCUGAGCUCAGCUGGAGACGCGGUUGACAUCUGGUUCUCAAGAGGAGACCAGUCGGUGCUUCAGGUGUCAAUAUCACUGAAUAAAGUGGAACUGAGUGUCGGAGAGUCGAAAUUCUUCACAUGCACAGCCAUUGGUGAUCCGGUGAGUAUAAACUGGUUCAGUCCUCAAGGCGAGCGCAUCAUCUCGAAUCAGAGAGUCGUGGUGCAUACGGAGGGCGUGCGGUCCAGGCUGACCAUCUACAACGCCAUCAUCGAGGACGCUGGGAUCUACAGAUGCCAGGCUGUGGACGCCAAGGGACAAAGCCAGGAGGCCACGGUGGUGCUGGAGAUUUACCAGAAGCUGACGUUCCUCGAGGUGAAGACGCCGCAGGAGUUUCGUAAGAGCGAGGAUGCAGAGGUCGUCUGUGAUGUCAUCAGUUCCCCGGUGCCAGCUGUGUCCUGGUUCUACAAGAACCGAGAAAUCACGUCUGAACCCAACAGCAGACUUCAGGUGCUUCCCAGCAACAACCUGCAGAUCCUGCGAGUGAGUAAAGCUGACGAGGGAGUGUACCGCUGUGAGGCGCGUGUGGAGGCCCGAGGAGAAAUCGACUUCAGGGACAUCGUGGUGCUGGUCAACGUUCCUCCGGUUCUGUCAGUGCCGCAGCAGUCUUUCAACGCCACCGCCGACUACCAGGAGUCAGUGACGUUCACCUGCAUCACGUCUGGCUCCCCCGACCCUCAGGUGACCUGGAAAUGGAAGGGUCACGUGAUCGAGCCAUCGGAGCAGUACGUGCUUAACACACUGGAUGGGGGCAAAAGCACCCUGACCAUCAAAAACAUCCGGCAGGGCGACGGUGGGCUGUACACAUGCCGCGCGAGCAACAAGGCCGGGAGCUCCGAGAGCCAGCUCUUCCUCAAAGUGUUCGUCCAGCCGCACAUCACUCAGCUGAGGAACGUGACGGCUGUGGAGGGAAGCGCGGCUAUGAUCUCAUGUACAGCGGAGGGAGAACCACUGCCCGAGAUCUCAUGGAGGAGAGCCAGUGAUGGACAGACGUUCACAGAUAAAGAUAAGAGUCAGGACGGCCGCGUGGAAGUGCGCGGGCGUCACGGAAAGUCCAUGCUGACCAUCAGCGGCGUUCGACUCUCAGACUGGGGACGAUUCGACUGUGAAGCCCUCAGCAGGAUCGGGGGCCAUCAGAAGAGCAUGUUCCUGGAUAUCGAGUAUGCACCGAAGUUCCAGACCAAUCAAACCAUCUUCUACUCGUGGGAGGGAAACCCGGUGAACAUCAGCUGUGAUGUGAAGUCCAACCCCCCGGCGAGCAUGCUGUGGAGACGAGACCGCUUCACCAUCUCCAGUCAAGGAACCAGCAACAUCCACAUUCACACCGCAGACGGACGAUCGCUUCUAGAGGUCACUCCGGUGUCCGACAGGGAUUUUGGGCGCUACAACUGCACAGCCAGAAACAACAUCGGCGCUCGAUACCAGGAGUUUAUAUUAGCUCAGGCAGACGUCCCGUCGCACCCGUACUCCGUUCGGCUCUCCGCCGUCUCCCAACGUCUGGCCACCGUCUCCUUCAUGAAGCCUGACUCUCACGGCGGCGUUCCCAUCAGCUACUACAUCAUCAGCUACAGAGACACGAGCGCACAGGACUGGAGGAGCGUCAGAUCACACGCAGUUCAGAUGGUUCUGACUCACCUGGAGCCCAACACGACGUACGAGGUGCGUGUGGCAGCGGUCAACGGAAAGGGUCAGGGGGACUACAGCCACACGGAAACCUUCCAGACGUUACCCAUCCGCGAGCCGAGUCCUCCCACGGUUCACGGUCAGAGAGGUGUUGGGAAGACCUACAGACUCGGACUGAUCAAACAAGACGACGGCGGGAUGCCCAUCGUGGAGUACAUCGUCAAGUAUAAAACUGAUAAAGAGGAGCAGUGGAUGACGAAGCUGGUUCCCGGUGUGAAUGAUUUCGCUCUGCUUCAGCCGCUGCAGUGGAACACACGCUACAACGUGGAGAUCACGGCACGCAACGUCAAGGGUCUGUCGGAGCCCACCUUCUUCCAGUUCCUCAUGCCGCAGAAACCCGACAUCACAGCAGACUCCCUGUUCAGCGGCCUGGGCCUCGGCGCGGUGGUGGGGCUUAGCGUGGCGGCUCUUCUUCUGCUGCUGGUGCUGGUGGACAUCAGCUGCUUCUUCCUGCGUCAGUGUGGCCUGCUCAUGUGCAUCACCCGCAAGCUCUGCAGCAAGAAAACCUCCACCAGCGGCAAGAGCAAGGAGCUGGAAGAGGGCAAAGCUGCGUAUCUGAAGCUCCCGCUGAAGGAGGAGAACGGCAAGGAGGUGCUGAAGCCGGACUUGAUCGAGAUCAAGGUCCACACGGACAACAGCAUCCACACAAAACAGGACGACAGCAAAGCGUAAUGGAGCCCGGAGACGAUCCCAGCCCCGAACAAACUCAGACCAAAUGUAGAAAGCAGAAAAAAUCAUGACGGAGAUACGACAAGUGAAGAAAAAAGGCUGUGUAAAUAUGUUCAAACGCAAACAGAGACUGCGUUUUUGUGAUAAAAAACUACUUUGAUCGCUACUUUUCCGUUGGCGUUUGCAUCCUGAUUUUUUCUGGUUGGGCUAUGGAGGAUCCCAGAAAUUAAUUUCCAGACCUUUCUUCUACUUUCCAGGCAUGAGUCUGAUUGUAUUCUGCCCAGCGGGACGUUGUGUUGUGUCUAUAGUCUAAAUGAUGUCAGAUUCUGGGCUUCUCAUCUAAACGUGUUAGAGACUUCGUCGGUUUUGGCCUUUUUCGAUGCUUUGGUAGAACUUUUCCAUGGGGAAAAUCCAGAUGGAUUUGAUUUCUUCUAUUUUUCCGGGCAUGUCCGACGAGAACUAGGUGGUGUGUCUUAUGUAUGUCGAAUUCUGAAGCUUGUUUUCCAUUUCAUCACCAUCAGUUUUAAACGCAGGGGUCACUUCGCAAAAGAAACCGGAAAAAACGUUGUUGUAAAGUGACUUUGUAGUUCGGAUUUGCUCAACUGCCAUGAUGCCAGAUGAUGCUCUUAUUAAUUCAUGUUGAUUAAUGUGUGCAUGUGUGAUUGUAUGUGAGAGUGAGUACACAAAUACAAAAAACAAAGAUGCAAAUGUUUGCCAGAUGCUUUUUUGCUAGAGUUCGCUUUAGUUCGUUAUUCAGGAAACUUCUGUGAACAUGACAACAGUUUAAUUAAUUUGCUCAAGGAGGAUUAUCUUCCAACAGUUAGUCCAUCAUGACUAGUACUUGAAAAGUUAAAUUAUUGAUAAAUAUGUGUAUACAUAAAUGUAAGUUUUCCUUUUAAUUUUAUUUACAUUGUUUCUAAUUUAUUAAUGUAAUUUUGAUUUUGUCAUUUUUAUUAGUUUUGCUUAAACGUAUUUUAUUUCACUUAUUGUUUUUAAAGCUAUAUUGUUAAUUCAGUUAGUUUUUGUCAUUGUAAUAUAAUGUUUUAAUUUAAAUCCAAUUUAAUGACAUUUAAU